AUUAGAAGUGAUACAUCACAGAUCCUGGAUGAGACCGUUCCGCUCAUUAAAGACAAGGUGAUGGAAAUGAACCACGUCUACGCCAAAGUUGACAAAUUAGAGGCAUUCGUUAAAAUGGUUGCACACCAUGUUUCUUUCCUAGAAGAGCAAGUGCUUGAAGCAGAGAAGAGCCAUGGCACCUUUCUUAAUACUGUUUGCAAAUUAUUUCAGUGUGCAACUCUCUCGUCAUUUAAAAACGUUAUGGCGCUAGACAGGGACCUGGGAAUUUUGGGAGCAGACCUUGCAGUAAAAACCACAGCAAAGAAUGUGUAG